UUUGAGAGCUUUCUUCUUCUUUUUUUUUCUUCUUUUAAAACACGAACUCUUCUGCUGUUCCUUUGAACUGGGUUCAGCGAGGAGUGGCAUUCUCCCGGGACCCUGCACGGAGAGCUUGGCAAAGCCAGCCCGCAAAAAUGAAUCGACUCACGUGCUUUCUCAUCUGCGUCUUUGUUUCUGAAACACAAGGCUUCGAAAUCCCCACCAAUGGACUUCCAGAAUUUGCAGAAUAUGAAGAUCUUGUUGAACUGGCCCCAGGCAAAUUUCAGUUUGUGCCGGAGAACCGGAGGUAUCAGAGAAGCGUUUCUGGAGAAUCUGGAGAAACGAUGGAAGAGGCUGAUCAAGUAACUCUUUAUAGCUAUAAAGUCCAGUCCACUAUUACUUCUCGUAUGGCCAACACUGUCAUACAGACCAAAGUGGUGAACAACUCCCCAGAGCCUCAGAAUGUCGUGUUUGAUGUUCAGAUUCCCAAAGGAGCCUUCAUCUCCAACUUUUCCAUGACUGUAGACGGCACGACAUUCACUAGUUCCAUUAAGGAGAAGACUGUGGGUCGAGCUCUCUACUCCCAGGCAAGAGCCAAAGGCAAGACUGCGGGGUUGGUGAGGAGCAGGGCUCUUGAUAUGGAAAACUUCAAAACCGAAGUAAACAUCCUCCCUGGAGCAAAGGUGCAGUUUGAACUUCACUACCAGGAAGUAAAGUGGAGGAAGCUGGGAUCCUAUGAUCACAGGCUCCAUCUGCAGCCGGGACGACUGGCCAAACACUUGGAGGUAGACGUGUGGGUUAUUGAACCUCAGGGAAUCAAAUUUCUCCAUGUUCCUGACACAUUUGAUGGCCAUUUUGACGGUGUUACUGUCAUAUCUAAAGGACAGCAGAAGGCACAUGUGUCCUUCAAGCCCUCUGUGGUACAGCAAAGAAAAUGCUCCAACUGCUCUGAGACUGCAGUAGACGGAGAGCUGGUGGUGAUGUAUGAUGUGAACAGAGAAGAGAAAGCCGGAGAACUCGAGGUAUUUAAUGGAUAUUUUGUCCACUUUUUUGCUCCUGAAAACCUGGACCCAAUUCCCAAAAACAUCCUCUUUGUCAUUGAUGUUAGCGGCUCAAUGUGGGGAAUAAAAAUGAAACAAACAGUGGAAGCAAUGAAGACCAUAUUGGAUGACCUAAGAGAUGAAGACCAAUUCUCUGUGGUUGACUUCAACCACAAUGUUAGAACCUGGAGAAAUGAUUUAGUCUCAGCUACUAAAACACAGAUUGCAGAUGCCAAGAAGUAUAUUGAGAAAAUCCAGCCUAGUGGAGGCACAAAUAUCAACGAAGCCCUUCUGCGCGCCAUCUUUAUUUUGAAUGAAGCCAAUAAUUUGGGAAUGCUGGACCCUGAAUCAGUCUCUCUGAUCAUUUUGGUUUCUGACGGCGACCCAACAGUAGGUGAACUGAAAUUGUCAAAAAUUCAGAAAAACGUGAAGCAGAACAUCCGAGACAAUAUCUCCUUGUUCAGCUUGGGGAUAGGAUUUGACGUUGAUUACGAUUUUUUGAAGAGACUAUCCAAUGAAAACCGUGGAAUUGCUCAAAGGAUUUAUGGAAACCAGGACACAUCCUCCCAGCUCAAAAAAUUCUACAACCAGGUCUCUACUCCAUUGCUCCGGAAUGUUCAGUUCAACUAUCCCCACUUAUCAGUAUCGGAUGUCACUCAAAACAGUUUCCACAACUAUUUUGGAGGCUCAGAGAUUGUGGUGGCAGGAAAAUAUAACCCUGACAAAUUGGAGCAGUUACAGAGCAUCAUCACUGCCACUUCGGCUAACACGGAGUUAGUCUUAGAAACUCUGGCCGAAAUGGACGACUUGGAGGAUUUUCUAUCAAAAGACAAGCAUGCAGAUCCUGAUUUCACCAGGAAAUUGUGGGCCUAUCUGACAAUCAACCAACUUCUAGCUGAGCGAAGCCUGGCUCCUACAGCUGCUGCCAAAAGGAAAAUUACAAAAACUAUCCUGCAGAUGUCUCUGGAACAUCACAUAGUGACCCCACUCACCGCGAUGGUGAUUGAGAACGAGGCCGGGGAUGAGCGCAUGCUGGCCGACUCUCCCCCUCAAGAUCAUUCCUGUUGCUCAGGCGCCCUGUAUUAUGGAAACAAGGUUGUUCCGAGUUCAGUCCCAUCUUGGGUCAACCCUUCCCCAACACCGAAGAUCCCAAUGCCCGUACUGGGAGCCCAAGUGCUGGAGGCAACUCCUCCCCCACAUGUGAUGAGAGUUGAAAAUGACCCACAUUUCAUCAUUUACCUACCAAAAAAUGAAAAGAAUAUUUGUUUCAAUAUUGACUCAGAACCUGGAAAGAUUUUCAACCUUGUUUCUGAUCCAGAAUCAGGGAUUUUGGUCAAUGGGCAGCUCAUUGGUGCUAAGAAACCCAAGAAUGGAAAACUCAGCACCUAUUUUGGAACACUGGGAUUUUAUUUACAAAGCGAAGACAUGAAAAUAGAGAUCAGCACCAAGACCAUCACUCUGAGUCGGGGCUCUCGGGUGUCUGUCCUUUCCUGGUCUGACACAGCUCAUGUCAUUAAUCAGAGGGUGCUUGUCUCUGUGAAGAAGGAGCAAACUGUGACUAUCACCCUGGAUAAAGACAUAUCCUUCUCUGUUUUACUCCAUCGCGUUUGGAAGAAGCAUCCAAUCAAUGUAGACUUUUUGGGGAUCUACAUUCCCCCCACAAACAAGUUUUCACCUAAGGCACAUGGACUAAUAGGCCAGUUCAUGCGUGAGCCGAAGAUCCGUAUCUUCAAUGAACGACCGGGAAAGGUCCCCAAGAAGCCAGAGGCGAGCAUGGAAGUGAAGGGAUACACGCUGACUGUCACCAGGUAGGCCUUGGAGGCAUACAACAGUAACGGAGAGCACGCCUCUCGGGAUUAAACUCACACAGUAUCAUAGAAGCAAGAAAAGCUCUUGCAAGCGUUACCUAUGUCAGACUGAACGGUUCAUCAGGAAGAGACACAUACACAACGUUUGCAUAAGGACGCCACAGGUGGGCCAGGCUAAAUGCAAAUAAGGACUAGCUAGACAAACAGGUACCAUAAAAGGCCGAGGACAAUUAAGCUGUUGGUCUCACCGUCAAGCAUUACUAGCCCUAUGGACACAAGCUGGAUUACUGAAAAAGCUGAUCAAAGGAGGAAAUCGUAAAAGUACCUGUGAACUAGGGCGCCUGGGUG